AAAAUUGUUCAAUAUCCGGUAUGGCCUCCAUAGUCAUAGUAUCUUUUUGGCUGAUAUCGACAUUAUUAAUACUUCUAGCAUAUAUAAUUAAGAAGAAUUCCAAAUCAAUACCAACUUACUUUAAUGAUUUAUUUGUUUAUGGAAAAGUUAAAAAUUCGAAACAGAGUAAAUCCUUUGUUAAAGUUAUAGAUGUUCCAAAGAGGUGAGACGUGUCUAUCACUUAUCACUCUCAUUAACUUUCAAUUAUAUCUAAAUAGAUGGUUUACUUGGUUUUAUUUGCUUGGCAUACUAUGCAAUGGCGUCAGUGCCUUUUUUGUAUAUAAUGCCUACGUAAGAAGUGUUGAUCCUCCUGGCUGGUACAACUUUUUUCUAAAGUUUUUCCAAGACACAUCGCUGAGCUCAAAUACAAGUAUAAAUCGCAAGAUAAAUUUUUUACUUUAUGUUUUAUCUAUACAAAUCCUUCUAUUUUAGGUGCUGUUUCAGCAUUCAUAGUAGUAUUUUUGAUGCUGUUGCAAGACACAAGAAGGUUUCAAGCCAAAAAAAAUUUUAUAGAAAGUAAAACCUCCUUUAAUUUCAGGUUUUGCGAGUGUGUGUUUAUUAGCAGUUAUUCGAAAAGCACAAUGAAUAUCAUUCACUUUAUGCUUGGAGUUAUAUUGUAUUCCACAUUUAACUUAGCCGUUUUAAGUGAGGCUCCCACGUUAAAAAAAAUAGAUACUGGCGAAUUCAUUCAUGGAGCAUAUCAAACUCGGAUUCUUUUCGGAAUAAUUAUCUUCGCCUUAGGAAGUUCUUUUCAACAUUAUUCUCAUAGAAUGUUUGCUGCUUUGCGAAAAGACAAAGCUGGAAACUUAAAGUCUACUGCUCAUGUUCUGCCAAGUGGAGGAGCUUUUGAAUAUAUUUCAAACCCUCAUUAUUUGGGAGAAAUUAUAAUUUACAGUGGUUUCGUCUGCAUUCUGGGUCUGAAUCAUUGUGCAGGUAUUUCCAUAUGGAUUUUCGUUUUUAUAAAUCAGAUUAUCGCCGGACUUUUAAAUCAUAACUGGUAUCAAGAAAAAUUCAAAAAUUUUCCUAAAGCUAGAAAAGCUAUCAUUCCCUUUCUAUUGUAA